AUGGCGACCGCCGCACCGCUCAAGGACACGCUCGACAAGCACGUCGUCGUCGUCGGUGGGUCGUACGUCGGCCUCGCCGUCGCGCAAGAACUCCUCAAGCUCGACAAGCCGCCGCGCGUGACGGUCGUCGAGCGUAACGAGCACUUUAGCCACCUGUGCCUUCGCCUACCCUCGCUUCGCUAUCGCGUCCGGAAACGAGCACAAGGCGUUCAUUCCCUUCUCCACCAUGCUCCCCUCGCCGCACCGCAUCUCCGCGCCAACGCCCUCUCGCUCUCUCCCUCGACACGCACCCUCACCCUCGACCGCCCUGUCCCCGGCGCCGGCGCCGAGCCGGCCUCGCGCGAGCUCGCGUACGACGCGCUCGUCCUCGCGACGGGCACCAAGCUGUCGCCGCCGGGCACGAUGCCGGGCAAGGGCGACAAGGCCGAGGGCGUCAAGUACCUGCAAAGUAUCCAGAGCGAUCUCGAGAAGGCGGGACAGAUCGUCAUCGUUGGUGGAGGAGCUGUCGGCGUUCAGAUGGCCUGCGACCUCGCCGUCCUGUACCCCGCCAAGCGGCAGCACAUCACGCUCGUCCAGUCGCGCCGCCUCAUGCCGCGCUUCCACCCGGCGCUGCACGACCUCGUCCAGAAGCGCUUCGACGACCUCGGCGUCAAGACGCUGCUCGGCGUGCGGGCCGACGUGCCCGAGGGCGGGUACGAGGCGCUGAACGAGCGAGGCGGUGGCGCAGUGCGGCUUAACGACGGGAGCGAGGUCCGAGCGGACUACGUCAUCCACGCCCUCGGUCAGUCGCCCAACUCGCAGCUCCUUUCGUCCUCCCUCCCCUCGGCCAUCCUCCCCUCGUCCUACAUCCGCGUCUCGCCCUCCCUCCUCGUCGCACCAUCCUCUCCAAGCGAGGCCGCCUCGGUCGCGCAGCGCAUCUUUGCCCUCGGCGACGUCGCCGACUCGGGCGCGCCAAAGGCGGCUCGCCCUGCCGUGCUCGGCCAGGCGCCUCUCGUCGCGCGCAACAUUGCGCGCGUCCUCGCUCGCGACUCGAACGUCACGUCGAGCUCGUCCGAGGCGCCCGAGCUCGAGCUCGAGACGCACACGCCCGGCGCGGCCGCGAUCCACCUCACGCUCGGCGUCGUCGACUCAGUCGUGUUCCGCAACCCGCCGUCGUCCGGCGUCGACGAGCGCGGUGAGCCGAGGUGGGACGGCGAGCCGCAUGUCACGUGGCGGGACGAUGGCGCCGAGGACAUGGGCAUCGAGGGAGUGUGGGCGAGGAGGGUUCCUGGGUUCGUCACCGGGCCGCACUCGUACCAUCUGUAGAGCGCGCGUUCGUCUCGAGGCUUCUGUAGAUUCUGUCCUUGCUAGAGCGCAAUCGAGCAUGUUUCCGUGG